CUUGAGCAGCACAGAGGGGACCCAACCCUCCAAGGUCACCAGGGACACCCUUCUAAGACCCUCCAGGAAUCUGCAAUCCCAUUCUCUACCUCUGGAGAUCAGCAUGGCGGAUGAGUAUGUGAACCUUGGUAACCUUGAACUGGAGACCCCAAGGAACACGGUGCAGUCAGCCUUCAGGGUCCUUGUGAGGGUGCAACUAGGUUGAAUUCUUGUCCUGAGAUGGUAGGAGGCAAGGGUGGUUGGAUUUCUGUAGAAAUGAGGAGCAGCGAUGCGGCUGGGGAACCCCAGCCGGCGCCUGCUCCUGUCCGACGUCGCUCCUCGGCCAACUACCGAGCCUAUGCCACCGAGCCACAUGCCAAGAAAAAGUCUAAGAUCUCCGCCUCCAGAAAACUUCAGUUGAAGACUCUGAUGCUGCAGAUUGCGAAGCAGGAGAUGGAGCGUGAGGCAGAGGAGCGACGUGGAGAGAAGGGCCGCGUUCUGAGCACGCGUUGCCAGCCCUUGGUGUUGGAUGGGCUGGGCUUUGAAGAGCUUCAGGACCUAUGCCGGCAGCUUCACGCUCGUGUGGACAAAGUGGAUGAAGAGAGAUACGACGUGGAAGCAAAAGUCACCAAGAACAUCACUGAGAUUGCAGAUCUGACCCAGAAGAUCUAUGACCUGCGUGGCAAGUUUAAGCGGCCCACUCUCCGAAGAGUGAGAAUCUCAGCAGAUGCCAUGAUGCAGGCACUACUGGGGACCCGGGCCAAGGAAUCCUUGGACCUGAGGGCCCACCUCAAGCAGGUGAAGAAGGAGGACAUUGAGAAGGAAAACCGGGAGGUGGGAGACUGGCGCAAGAAUAUCGAUGCACUAAGUGGAAUGGAAGGCCGAAAGAAAAAGUUUGAGGGCUGAGCCCAUGGCUCUCACACUGUGCUCUGAAGGGCAUCUCUGAGGAAUAAAUUUCUUUAAACUGGAA